AUGUUUCCUCUCCUUCCCAUUCUCUGUCACAAAGACCCUUCCUCUCUGUCACAUUUCCCCUUUUCUCUCUCUCACGUUACACCCUUUCUCUGUCAUGUUUCCUCCCUUUCCCAGUCUCUGUCACGUUUCUUCCUUUCUCUCUGUCACGUUACCCACUUUCUCUGUGACGUUUCCUCCUCUCCCAUUCUCUGUCAUGUUUCCUCUCUUUCUCAUUCUCUGUCACAUUUCUCCCUUUCUCUGUCAUGUUUUCCCUGUUUGCAUUCUUUGUCUUGUUCCCCCCUCCCAUUAUCUCUCCCUUUCAAUCUGUCACGUUACUCCCAUUCUCUGUCCUGUUUCCCCCUCUUCCAUUCUCUCUCACGUUCUUCCCUUUCUCUGUCCUGUUUCCCCACUUUCCCAUUCUCUGUCACCUUUCUCUCUUUCUGUCUAUCACGUUACUCCCUUUCUCAGUCAUGUUUCCCCCCCCACUCCCAUUCUCUGUCAUGUUUCCUCCUCUCUCAUUCUCUGUCACAUUUCUCCAUUUCUCUCUGCUACGUUUCUCCCUUUCUCUCUCAUAUUUCCCUUCCCUUGGCUUUUGAAUUUUGA